AUGGAGAAACCCGUUGUCGAACAAUGGAGACCGGAGCUGCUGCCGGUUCCGGCACCUUUCAGGCCACCGGAGACGCCGCUUGAACCAAUGGAGUUCUUGUCACGUUCUUGGAGCGUUUCGGCUUUGGAAGUUUCACGGGCUUUAGCUCCUCCACCUCUUCCAUCUUCCCAUCAAAUGUUUUCAAAAGGUUCUUCGAGUGGCAACGUCGUUAUACAAGAAGAUAUCUCCGGCGAGCAUCAGCUCGAAGAAAACAGCAUCGUCUCCGGCAACCCUUUCUCCUUCGCUUCCUCUGAAACUUCCCAAAUGAUCCUCGAAAGAAUCAUGUCGCAGUCGCAAGAAGUAUCUCCAAGAACAUCAGGGAGAUUAUCUCAUAGCAGUGGACCAUUAACAGAUAGCCCACCAGUUUCACCUUCAGACAUUGAUGAUGUUAAGCAAUUCUGCCACGCCAAUAAUUCCCUCAACAUACAGUACCGUUCCAGCACUGGGAUGGCGGUGGGUACUCCUGCCGUGACUGGCGGCGGGAAGACGGUUGGUAGAUGGCUGAAGGAUAGGAGGGAGAAGAAGAAGGAAGAGACGCGUGCUCACAACGCUCAGCUACAUGCUGCCGUUUCUGUCGCCGGGGUUGCCGCGGCCGUGGCAACCAUCGUGGCAGCCACCGCCGCGUUUUCGAGUGCAAGAAAGGAUGAGCAGAGGGUGAAGACUGAUAUGGCCGUGGCAUCCGCUGCCACUCUCGUGGCCGCGCAAUGUGUGGAGGUGGCGGAAGCCAUGGGAGCCGAACGAGACCAUUUGGCCUCCGUCAUCAGUUCGGCUGUCAAUGUCCGGUCCGCGGGUGAUAUCAUGACCUUAACUGCCGGUGCAGCAACAGCCUUACGAGGGGCAGCCACCUUGAAAGCAAGGGCAUUGAAGGAAGUAUGGAACAUUGCAGCCGUAAUCCCUGUCGAAAACAAUAAAACCGGUUGCAAUGGAAGCAAUCACGGCAGCUCUAAUGGCAGCUUUAGUGGUGAGCUUGUUCCUGAAGAGAAUUUCUUAGGAAUCUGCAGCAGAGAGUUGCUAGCUAGAGGCUGUGAGCUUCUCAAACGCACCCGAACAGGUGAUCUUCACUGGAAGAUUGUCUCUGUUUACAUAAACAGAAUGAAUCAAGUUAUGUUAAAGAUGAAGAGCAGACAUGUAGGUGGGACCAUAACAAAAAAGAAAAAGAAUGUGGUGUUGGAGGUGAUUAAAGACAUGCCGGCAUGGCCCGGCCGGCACUUGCUCGAGGGCGGGGAGAACAGGAGAUACUUCGGAUUAAAGACGGAGAUGCGCGGUGUGGUCGAGUUCGAGUGCAAGAGUAGGAGGGAGUACGAUAUAUGGACCCAGGGUGUGUCAAGGCUGCUUUCCAUUGCUGCCGAGAAGAACAAUAGGAAUAGGGUUUGAGAA